UUGGUCCAGCACACGGAAAGAUUCGUAUCCUUUAGGGACGGGAAGUUCAACGUCCAACUGGUGGAGGGCGGCAGCGGUGACAACCUGCUUUAUCUGCACGGCGCAGGCGGCUUCACCGGCUGGGACGACUGCCUCGACCGCCUAGCCGCCGAGUUCCACGUAAUCGCGCCGGCCCACCCCGGUAUCGCCCAGUCCGAUGGGCUGGAACACCUGGACGACCUUUGGGAUUUGGUGCUGUUCUACGAGGAACUGCUGGACGAACUGGGCCUGGACCGCACCUUCGUGGUGGGCCAUUCCUACGGCGGCCUGCUGGCGGCGGAACUGGCGGCCCAGUGUCCGCAGCGGGUCCAACGCCUGGUGUUGGUCGGCUCCCUCGGACUAUGGCUGCAGGAUACACCCGUCGCCGACUUCUUCAUCCUCACCCGCUCGGAGCGGACCGAGUUGCUGUGGUACGACGGCGAGACUGAAGUGGCGCAGGCAUUCAUGGCCCCGCCGGAAGACCCAACGGACCGCAUGGAAGCAGACCUGGACCGCACCCAGACCCUGGCAUCAGUUGGCAAGUUCGUCUGGCCUAUCCCCGACAAGGGGCUGCCCAAGCGGGCCCACCGCAUCACCAUGCCCACCCUGCUGCUCUGGGGCGAUUCCGACGGUAUUGUGCCUCCGGCUUACGGCCCGGCCUUCCAGCGCCUGUUGCCCAACGCCACCCUGCAGGUCAUCGACCGGUGCGGCCACAUCCCCCAGGUGGAACGGCCCGACGAGUUCUUCAACGCCAUAACGGGUUUCCUGAAGGACUAG